AUGGAGGUAUUUCCUUCAUGCCAGUGCUGGUGCUCGCAGCUCGCUGCUCGAGUGUGUCCACCCGGCAUAGAAGCCACUCUCUUCGCCACACGUAUGUUGACCAUUCCCUUUCCCCCCGUUCCCUCCCUCCAGAUUUCCUUCAUGCCAGUGCUGGUGCUCGCUGCUCGAGUGUGUCCACCCGGCAUCGAAGCCACUCUCUUUGCCACGCUCAUGUCUGUCAGCAAUGGGGCGAGCGUCUUUGGGGGGGUGAUGGGCGCUGGGCUGACCAACUGGCUGGGAGUGACCAGCUCGGAUUUCACCAACCUGCCCACCCUCAUCGCCAUCUGCAACUUCUCCUCUCUGCUCGUGCUCCCCUUUCUCAACCUGCUGCCUGCUGCUGUCAGCGCAAACUCAGACUCGGAAGAGGAACAGUAG